ACGGCUGACAGAUAGGUAGUAUAGCAUCAGCAACAUUUGAUAGUUUGAUAGUAAAACAGUAAACAUAAUCUCGUAUCUAUGCUUCUAAAAUACAUUCAUCAAGAAUUUGAGAACCUUUCUAUCUAUUUAGUUAGUUAAAUACGCUUAACGCUAGCCAAUUUAUAAAAUUAAGGCUAUUUUCAUUUUGAUAUUUGUAAAAUAAUAUAAAUUAAACAAUGCCCAGAACAGUGUAUUCACCCGAGCACUGCCUUCAAUAUUUGGAACAAUAUGCCUCCAAAGAAAUAUUUGCUAUAGGGCUAAUCCUCGGUCAGAUGACCGAUGCUAGAGAGAAUGUAAUCCAUCUGGCUCGCACACCAGAAGAAAAAGGAUCAGAGAUUGGUAUAGAAUCAAAUUAUGGCCUAGAUAAAUCAGAGAUAGCAAAGAAUUUAAGUAGUGUAUCUGAAGCAUGGAUUGCUGACCAUGCGCGACAUGUAACUAGAAUGCUCCCUGGUGGAAUGUUUGUUCAAGGCAUAUUUGUAACUAGCGAUGAAGAUGUCUUUGAAGAUCCUAAUUGCUUUAGUAAAUUACGAUCAACCCUUAACCACAUAUAUAAAGGCUUAAGUAUCAAUGAGUAUAUGUUUGGAAACUGUCCUUACUCUAAUGAAAGGCUGAUCCUUCACAUGUCUACAAGUACUAAAGUACUUACAUGCAAAAGCUUAGAAGUCGGAGGUUUGAAUAAAAACACAACUUUAAAACCUGUUGAAUGGAAAUUUUCACCUAAAGCAUUGAGUUGGCAAAGGCUGGACUGCUAUUAUGAGUUUGAUGAAAUUUAUCCUGUUAUUGUUAAGAACAGUGGUGUCUCAGUAAAGAAUCAAUUUCAGCAAAUUCUGGAGUCUGCACACAAAAUAAUUGAAUCAAGUGUGAUGUUUAUUGAUGGUGAGCUGAAAGAUGGUUCAGAAUCAUUGGAUCAACUCAUAAAGAAGAAGAAAACUAAAACAAAUACUAAAUUGACACAGAAUGAAGCACCAAAAUCUAUGCAUGUUUCACUAUUUGUACCUUAUGAAAACACGCUUCCUGAAACAGUCGAGUAUUUAGAAUGCGAAGGCAGCAUACAUUUUAGCGGUGUAGUAUCGUCAAGCGUUUUUAUAUACCCAAAGGCGACAGUAAAAGAGGCGAUCGCCGCAGUCAAGCAAGAUAUUGUUCGUUCACUUGCUUCAAGAUUCACAAUGCAUUGUGAUGCAUUAAUUGAUGACAACCUUCUCCCGGAAGAAAAGAUUUGUUUCAAUGAGCCGCCACGCCGGGUGUUAGUUCCAGUGGGAUCCCUUUAUCUCUGUGAUUACUUAUUCCCUGGAGAAGCACCGGCCGAAGCUUUACUUUCUGUUCGGGAACUAUUGGAUCUAAAAAUAACAGAAACUGAUGUUAUAUGCGAUGUUGAAACACCUGCAGGUGCACAAAUCUUCGUAUUUCUUGAGAUAAUUUUAUUGAAUCAUAUCACAUAUUCCUUGUAUAAACAAUUUUCAAGGACAUAAUAUUAUAAAAUAACUAGCCAUUAUGCUAAUAUAUUAGCUUACGUUGUCAGAAAAGUAAGCAACUUAGGCUUGAUCUUUCUAGGCAUAUGCGACUUUCAGAAAGUACUGAAAAUAAUUGUGUGGUUCUCAUUUAUAUGUUGUAGUAAAUUUAAGUGUCAUUCAUUAAAAAAUCUGAUUAUGAAACGUUGUAAACGGAUGAUUGAAUCAAAUAGUACAAUACUAUUUAAAAAAAAUACUCUUCCUUAAUUUGUGCAACAUUUAUAUUUCAGAUACUUCCGAGUUUGACGCCCUAGAUCGAGAUGCAAGUAGUGAGGAAUUGUUGGCAACGCCACAGGAAGCGAGCCAGUUCAUGUAUAUUACGGGACUUUGUUUUGCCAUGCUCGUACUCCUUGUUUCUAUUAUAAUUCAUUAUUACGAUGGUAUAAUUCAAGUGUUGAGUAAAAUCUUUCCUAAAUCCUGAAAGUAAAGAUGUUGUUAUUGUUAAAGCAUUAAAAGACUUGUUUUUUUUUUCAUGUGUAAGGUGUGUUGUUCUUUUCAUAAUGAGUAAAAAUAAUUAUUUAUAUACGAAUAUGGUUACGAAAUAUAUUAUUCAUAUUUAUAUGGUGUACAAAUAAUGUUUUGAAAUGUAUUUUAUAAAUAAAUGACUUCUAAACUA